UUGCUUUCAAAUCAUCACAAGGAAUGUCCACAAAAGCCAUCGACAUCGCAGGCAAAGAGUGGUAAAACAGAGAAACAAUUGUCGGUUCACAAGGAGUUGUGUCCACCGAAGAAGGUCUCGACGAAGUGCUUCACUCAGUGUUCGUUCACAUCGUGUAACCAAUCGUUUGAAACUCUGGAAGAAUAUCACAAACAUUUGGAUGACAUUCACUGCAAACUCCGAUGCAAUACAUGUGACCAGAGGUUUGUCACCGAAGAGUCACUCGCAAAACAUGAAACCAAUUGUCCGCCGACCCCAUCAACCAAUCAGCGUCUGUCGAAGACAACACCCGUCGUCCAUCGCCCGCAUGUGUCGAAUCAAUGCAUAUAUCCUGAUUGUGGUCAACGGUUCCGCACCGCCGAUGAAUAUCACCGCCAUUUGAAUGACAUUCACUUGAAAUACAAAUGCAAAAAAUGCGAAAAGAACUUCGCGUCACCGGAUCUGCUCUCAGACCNCCAUUUGAAUGACAUUCACUUGAAAUACAAAUGCAAAAAAUGCGAAAAGAACUUCGCGUCACCGGAUCUGCUCUCAGACCACGAGAUCACCUGUGGUUUCGAUGAACGGGCAAAAAAAUUAUUUAAACAGAGACUUCGGGAACCAAUCAGAUCACAGAUCACUGGACUCUACGCGUGUACUCGUGUGGGCUGUGGCCAAGAGUUUCCCAACAAAACCCAAUGCAUUAAUCAUAGAGAGACUCAUAUGACGGACCGGGUGUUUGCGUGCGAUUACCAAAACUGCGGCAAACGGUUUAAAUUUUGGAAAAAUUUAAUGUCACACAAACUGAGUGCCCACUCGGGUGUUGUCCGAAAGCAUCGGUGCCCCGAACAGGGCUGCGGUCGAGCUUUCAAUAGUUGCAGUAAUUUGUGGUCACACAUGAAAGGCGUGCACUCGACCAGUAAGUAUCGGUGCGAUUGGCCCGGAUGUGAGCACCGGACGCAUUCACAGGCAUUGCUUAAUGUGCACCGCCUGAGACACACGGCCGUCAAGUCAUUGUCGUGCGAAUGGCCCGGUUGUGACUACAGGUCCGCCAAUCAAGACUUAUUGCGGUCUCACCGCCGGCGACACACUAAUGAUCGGCCGCACGCCUGUCAUUGGCCCGCAUGUGACCAGAGGUUUAAGACCACAGCA